GGGCGGCUGUUACAAUAGGGUAAGGUAGGUGAGCUCAGGACAGUGGAGGACACAAGACGACUAGUGACACUAGGUUAAUUACACUCUAUCUGCACGUUCGCGCUGCUAGUGGGUCAGAUUACCCUGCACACGCUCUACAGAAGGGAGUGGUUAACUUUAGUUCCCCAAGCCCUUUACAAACCACAUAAGUCGAGUUGGUUUGCUCUGCACAGCUCUAAGUCGUAAACUAACUUUCAAUUGUCAGCAAACGUUCGGGCUGUUAAAAAUAUGUCUUCAGAACCAGCACAGAAGCAGCCGGAAGCCAAGACUUCUAUAAUGCAUUGCCCCGUCUCACAUGCCCACAGAGAAGAUUUUACAAAGCUCAUGAAGGAAUGUAAAGAGGAAAGCUUCUGGCAAAGAGCUGUUCCUCUUUCACUUGGAAGCAUGCUUGUUACACAAGGUCUCCUUUACAAAGGAUAUCUAACCCCAAACAAAAGGUUUGGUGCGCUUCCGAAACUUGCAUUGGCUGGUGUACUGGGAUUUGCCAUUGGGAAGAUCUCAUAUAUAGGACAGUGUCAAAAGAAGUUUGAGCGCAGUGGCAUCCAUAUGGGGGAUGCUGGGUUUUUUCCAGGUUUCGGUGGUGGGUUUGGGCCACGAUUCCUCAAGCACAAACACUGUCCUCAUGUCUGUGAAGAAUGCAAAGCCAAAUUUGCCAAGGAACCAGUCCAAAGUACACAGCACUCCUCUCCCUCUGUAUAAGCAAUUAAUGCUUAUGAACUAUCGCUGGGUCCUGAGAAAGACAUUACUGGGGCUUUUUUGUUGCCUUUAUAAAGAAGCUUUGUAAAAUAUAUAAUACAUUUUUUUUACAAACUAUGAGACGUAUUAAUUUUAAAUACAGGUGUGAGAUGAAAUGGUAAGGACUAAUCUGUUCUUAUAAGGUUUUCGGGUUUAUAAACUGAUGCUUAGAUAUAAAGGGGGAGUGGGAAUCAGGUUUGUGAUACAGAUAGUAAAUCUUUUAUCCAAUCUGCUUGGGACCGGAAAGGGUUUCGAUUUCAGAAUACUUUGGACUUUGGAAUAUUUGUAUCUGUAAAAUAGGACGAUUGAGAGAGGGGAUGGAGCCAAGUGUGCAAACAAUAUCCUAUGUCAUUUAGGCAAUGUCAUAAUACAGCUUAUACCUGUAAUCUAAAGGUAGUUUUAUAUCAUUUCUAAUACCUUUGCAUACAUAGCACCAUCAGAAACUGUUUUUUUUUGUUUGUUUGAUUUUUAAAAAUUAAAGUUUGGAUUUCAGAAUGUUUGGAUAUUGUAAUUACAGAAUUGGGAAUAGUACCUGCAAUCUCUGCCUUUUGGAUAUAGGGCUUACGGUCUCCUAUGUUCUAUCUUAAAGGGACAUAUAAGUGUAAAAAGAAAAUGCUCUAGUGUGUUAGAGCACUUUAUUAUUGCACUAUUGCUUGCAUAGAACUAUGUAUUUAACCCCUUUGCAAAGGGUUAAAUUCAGCUCCAGAGCCGCAGUAUACUAAUGGUAUCUAGCUGAACAUCCAGUGAGACAAUGACAUGAGGCAUAUAUGUGUAGCCACCAAUCACCAGCUAGCCCCCAGUAGUGCGUUGCUGCUCUUGUGCCUAUCUAUCUAGGUAUGCUUCUAAAAAAACACCACUAUUUGAGUCAUGAACUUUUUUUUUUUUUUGUCUCAUGUCCUUUUUUAAGGGGGGGGGGGCAUGAAAAGUUAGGGUCUGCACCAUUUUGAUAAGAUUUUUAUGCAAUAGAUAUGUUUUUGAAUGUUUGUAAUGAUCUUUCGCUUUGCUAUAAUCUUUUAUAAUUACAGAAAAUAAAACUGAAGAAAAAUUA